AUGACGGCGCUGAGGUGCAUCGGCAGCUGCCUGCCGUUAUUCGUCAUGGCGAUCGUCUUCGACAUCCUCGGUGUGGUCCUGCUGUUCGUCGGGAUAUUCGGUAACGUGCGGAUGCACGGCGUGUUUUACGGGGAUUUCCUCAUCCACACCGGCGCGCUGGUCUUGUUCGCAAGCCUGGCCUUGUGGCUCAUGUGGUACGUGGGGAACAUCAGAGUGAAGGAUGAAGAUUUCAGACCGAGCGCCGCGCAGAGCGUCAAAGAGCUCGCGAGGAAGCUCACGGAGAGACUGUCCAAAACACACCUGAAGGACAACACCGGUGAGGAAACAGGAAGCAAAGCUUCCACCAUUCGAAAUGUAACAUGGGGAAAAUCCACCUAUUUCCCAGGACACAAAGAUCCUGAAUCGGAUAUGAUCAAAUGUGAUGAACUAUCCAAAGAAAAGUCAGAUGAUGAUCAGUUCAUGUGCUACCAGAAUCAAGGGUACGAGGACGAGGAGUCAUGCAAACCAAUUCAGGAGGAGACAGAUGACCAGACCCGGUCAGAAGACGGUUCUGAAUCAGAUGUGAGCAAAUGCAAUGAAGCGUCUCAGGAGAAAAAGCCGGGAGAUGAUCAGUUCACUUGUUACCAGAAUGAAGGGUACGAAGAAUCCGAAUCAGACGUGACCAAAGACGGUGAAAAACCUCAGGAGGAGAAGCCAGACGAUCAGCCAGAGAGCAUUGAUGUUCUGCUGUGAGAAGAGGUUCUAAAACAAUGACUGAAUAGCCAAGAACCUUCAAUAGUCUUCAAACGUUUGCCAUCAGCAGUACAUUUAGAGAUACUGCGUACGAUUCAAAUGGUACAUUAGUACUAUAUUAAAACUACUUGAAUAUAGUGAAGCACAAGUGUCUGUUGUGUUUCUGUG